AUGGCUAGUGAUCAUGUAUUCCCAGCUACGACGACGAGGGACUCAUAUAAUGGAUUCCUCAUUCUGGCCUGCCUUGGCCUGUUCAGCCAGUGGGCCAUCAUGAUCAUGAACGGCUCCUUACGCCUCAUGCUUCUAACCGCCUGGACAAGUAUUUUCCCCGACGGUAUACCUCUCAGAGAAGAAUGGACGCGAAUGUGGAUAGUGGACGUAGCGCUUCGCGUGCUCGUGGCUUUCUUCGGAGCCAUUCUCAACGUGGUUGAGUCCCACGAGUUCGGGCCUUAUCUGUGUUUAGUUGAUCUAAUCACCACUAUUGUUGUCUUCGGCAUGAUGUUCUUGGUAGAGGAUCGGCGUGAUAGGGGGAAGGGUGCGCUGCGAUAUCCCACGUGUUGGCAGCUUUUGCUUUAUUUCUUCGGUGCUGCCUCAAUCGUACCCAUAUACAUGCGGCUGUAUCUCAAAGACCGACUCUCGCUACGUCUCCAGGUACCGCAUAACCAGGCACGAGCCUUGCCAUUCACCGCACUGUGGUGUUCAGUACUCUCCCUUCCCCUUCUUCUUCCUGUCGCCCUCGGAGCCAACCUAUCCCAGAUUCAGGUUGGCAUCGUAGUCUGGCUGUUCAGUCCAGCGACGGUUGGACCUUUCCAGGACCUAUUGAGCACCCUAAUGUCGAAGAGCAAUGAUGUUCGCUCGUCGACAAAGGAAGCAGCUCAGUCCAUUGCUAUCGCUUACGGUAUCUUGGGGGUAUUCAGUGCAAUAGUUCACGUCUCUGUUGUCGUGUUUACCUUCGUGUCUUCCAAUCUUGGGUGGAGUGACAUCUACUGGCCGAUCCACGGAGUACGGAGCGGCCCAAGUCUCAUGACCGAUGGUGCACUCAUAUUCAUACAAUCUGGUUAUUUCUCUCUAUCAAUAUGUGUGCUCGCUCUGGGUUAUUUUUUAUUGAAGACCGAGAACCUGCCCGCCACCCAUUCGCUACUUGGCAGUUCACACGGCUGGAAAGCCUUGUUGGUGCAUACAGUACUAAUAGCUGUUUUCGGCCCUGGAGCCGCGUUGGCUUUGUUGCUCGGCAGCAAGGAAAUAACAACAGCUUCUACAAUUGCGCUCAGAAAAGGGAACUAA